GCUGACUUGCAUGUUGACAAAGCAAGUUAGCCGCCGGUGGAGAAGCAGAUGUUCUCGGUAGUGGUCACAUUUUUUUUCCAUCUGAAGUGUCAGACAUUUUCUUCACGGAUAUUUCAGAACUUGUAGCUUCUUUCUCCUGAUUCCGUCCUGGUGUUUUAUCGCUUUCUCCGGCGGCUUUUGCAACCUUUCUUCGUGGAUGUUUAAUUAGUUUCUGACAUGUGACCAUUGUAAGAGGUGAACAGAGGUGAAUCCCAGGAAACAGCACUGCUUCCGUCGGUAUGGCUAUCCAGGAUGAGAGGAGAAGGCUGUUGGAAGCCGAGGGUGGAGAUCCAACAGGACUCAUGUCCGAGCAGGAUGCUUAUCAAAGCAAGGUGAAGAAUCAGAAGUUGUACCUUGCGACAUUUGCCUCUGUUCUGGGUCCCAUGAGCUUUGGGUUCGUGCUGGGAUACAGCUCUCCCGCCAUCCCUGAACUCACCAAGAUCGCUGACUCUCGGCUGAGACUGGACGAUAACCAGGCUUCCUGGUUCGGGUCCAUAGUGACGCUGGGAGCGGCGGUGGGUGGGCUGCUGGGUGGUUGGAUGGUGGAGAAGAUCGGCAGGAAGCUCAGUCUGAUGUUGUGUACGCUACCGUUCAUCUUUGGCUUCACCAUCAUCAUCGCGGCGCAGAACGUGUGGAUGUUUUACGUCGGCAGAGCGCUCACAGGCCUCGCCAGCGGCAUCGCCUCGCUGGUCGUCCCGGUGUAUAUCUCUGAGAUGGCACAUGAACGGGUCCGUGGGACUUUAGGCUCCUGUGUGCAGCUCAUGGUGGUGAUGGGCAUCAUGGGAGCUUAUCUUGGAGGUCUCUUCAUGGACUGGCGCUGGCUCGCGGUUUGCUGUUCCAUCCCACCGACGCUGCUGAUGGUCUUUAUGUGUUUCAUGCCUGAGACACCCCGCUUCCUGCUGUCACAGGGCAGGAGAAGGGAGGCUGAGGAGGCACUGCGCUUCCUACGAGGACCAGACGCGCCUGUUGAAUGGGAGUGCAGCCGAAUUGAGGAAGCAUGUGAUGAGCAGGGUUCUAAUUUCCAGCUGUCUGACCUGAAGGACCCCGGUGUCUACAAGCCUCUGCUGAUUGGCAUCAUGCUGAUGGUCUUCCAGCAAAUGAGCGGGAUCAAUGCCAUCAUGUUCUAUGCUGAGAACAUAUUUGAACAGGCACAUUUUCAGCAAAGUGACCUGGCGUCAGUGAUCGUGGGUCUGAUUCAAGUCGUGUUUACUGCAGUAGCAGCACUGAUCAUGGACAAGGCUGGAAGGAAAGUCCUUCUCAUUAUCUCAGGUGUUGCUAUGGCCAUCAGCACCACAGCAUUUGGAGUGUACUUCAACCUGAUGUCCAGACUUCCAGAACCCCAUGGUGACCUGGCCUGGAUGGCUCUGGCCAGCAUAGCGGUUUUCAUCACAGGUUUUGCUCUCGGUUGGGGUCCGAUCCCAUGGCUGGUCAUGUCGGAGAUUUUCCCAGUCAAAGUGAGGGGGUUUGCCAGCGCUGUCUGUGUCCUCACCAACUGGAGCAUGGCAUUCGUCGUCACCAAAAACUUCCAGGAUAUGAUGAAUCUUCUAACCAGUGCAGGAACCUUCUGGCUCUUUGCCUCUAUGUGCACCCUUAACAUCAUCUUUACCAUGGCCUUCAUCCCAGAAACCAAGGGCAAAACACUGGAGCAGAUUGAAGCAACUUUCAGAGGGAUGUCAGGCCCAUGAAGAUGUAAAAAAAAAAAAAAAUACAACUGAAAAAUCUCUUCUUCUUUUAAAAACUGACUCAUCCACCCAGACACAGUGUGGGCAUUUUCAUUUAGAUUUUUAUCAUCUUUAUUUAUUAUAGAAACAGCUGAAAAUAAUCAUUGCUGCCUUAAUGAAGGUUUAAUGUUCAGCAUUUGUGUAGGAGGUGUUGAUUCACCUGUAGUUCAUGAUGCCAUUGAACUGUAUUGUGUCAGUGAGCUUCUACUGAACUUUCAGCUGUUUCCAUGUGAAAUCCACCCUGAAUCAUUUAGUGUAGGUGAGGUAGUGAAGCUGGUCACAUCCUUUGUUUUAUACUGAGUCUACAGAGGGGACCAGCUCUGUGAGAGUUGCACUCAGGGGGAUGACUCUAUACUGCCUCCUGCUGGUGUCACUCCUGCAAUUCCAAUCAGUAAAGACAAUAUUUUUCCUCAGGUGUUGGGCAGGUGAACAAAGGUUUAGCAUGAAGUUGGUAUUUAUACAGUACAGGCACAUUGAACACACUGAGGGCAGUGCUAAUGGAUUCCAGUGAUGCUUUCUCUUACUUAUAUACAUAUAAGCUGCUUGUUCUCUGUGUGUUUAACACCUGCUUCUAAACGAAGCAGGAGGAGAAGGGCAACGACUUCUUUCAGGUCAGGUUUGUUUUCUUCUGCUGCUGGAUAAGAAGAAUUCCUGUUCUGUCUCUUUUUAAGGACUCCAGCAGAAGAGCGAGCAAAAAUAUAACGUUUUGGCAGGAAAUGAAUCCUGAAGUGAGUCAGCUGUUCACAGUAAUUUAACUGUGUAUUUUACACUAUCGGGGAAGAUCAUCUGAUGGCAUGUGUUAUGGGUAUCUUUUUUUUUUUUUUUUUUUUUUUUUAACUUUUCUCCUGGUGUACUCUUGUAAAAUAAAUGUUUUAAAGGCACGUUAUGUGACUUGUACACACUUGAGGUCAAUAUUCACAUAAGUCACUGAAGUAGUCAUUUAUGAUAAGUGAAUAUCACCUUUUCCUCAGCAUAUUUUUUUAUUUGUUCAUCUCUCUAGUGGAAAAGAUUACCUCUGUUUGUGGUGGUGGGUUUUUAGGGGGUUCCUGUGAUCAGUGAAAAUGUUUGUAUAUUUCCCAAAUUCAUUGUGAAUUUAAUCUGAACACAAUAAAGGUAUGACACUGCAUUAUUCCAUAAACU